AUGUCACGCACUCUCCUUCUUCCACUACUUUUCGCCGGUGCCUCACUGGCAAGUUGGCAAUCGCUCGGCAUCCCCACCUCACGGACCGGCGCAACACUCUCGGUCAAAGCAUUUAACAUCGGCAACCUUACGAUUGGGGGCACUGCAACGGUGGUGCACCCAGUCCUGCCUGGCCGCGAGACGACGACGGUGCCGAUGUUUGGUUUCCUCCUCGAGCGCACUAUCGGCACAGGCCCGUCCGCCAAAACGUAUCAGUAUGUGUGGGAUUUGGGCAUUAGAAAGGACCCCGAGAACGCGGUGCCGCCUGUCGCAGAGCUGUUCAAGGCGUUCCCUGGCGCGCUCGACGAGCCUAAGGAUAUUACGGAGCUACUGGUCGCGGGUGGAGUGAAGUUGGAGAGUAUCGAGCAGGUGUUCUGGAGUCAUGCGCAUCUGGACCACAUCGGCGACAUGAGCAAGUUUCCCAACUCAACUGGGCUCGUCAUAGGCGCUGCCACGAAUACAACGCCAUAUCCCGCAAACCCUGCGUCCCAGCUUCAACCGAGCGAUUUUGCCGGCCAUACUCUCUCCAAAGUCGACUUCACCACCUCCAAGCUCCUAAUCAACAACCUGCGCGCCGUCGACUACUUCAAUGACGGCUCAUUCUACCUUCUGGAUACACCUGGACAUAUCGCAGGGCACAUGACUGGGCUCGCCCGGGUCUCCACCUCUCCACCGUCCUUCGUACUGUUAGCCGGGGACACUGCGCACCAGAUUGGUGCAGUGCGCCCACGCCCGCUACUCCAGAAACACUUCCCGUGCCCUGCCCAUGUUCUUGCAGACGCACGUGCGCACGUGUCGACUGACUUCUUCUGGUCCUCUGGGUCGAAGUUGGGCCAAUUUGACCUGCUGACGCGGAGUGAGCAGAUGCUUGACCUCGCCGACGUACCGGGCGGGCUGUACGCGGACCAGCCGACCGCCGUGGUCAGCCUGGACAAGGUUGCCCUGUUCGACGCCGAUCCCGAUGUCUUUGUUGUCAUUGCGCACGACGUCAGUCUCCUCGGCGCGAUGCCGGUGUUUCCGCAGACGCUGAAUGGGUGGAAGAAGGGUGGACUGAAGGAGCGGACGGUGUGGCGCUUCUUGCAGCCCGAUAACCCCGCGUUUAUCUUCAGCCCCGUGUGA